GUUUUCUUCAUUCAGUCAUUUUCAUACUCCAUCUGUUUGUGUGCUCCGGCUACCGCCCUCUGCAGCUCCAGACCGCAUCGCCCAUGGCAGCUCCGACGGCGCCGCCGCCGCCGAAGACCGUCCUGCGGGUGGCGGCGAUCUCCGGCUCGCUGCGCAGGGCGUCGGCCAACACCGGCCUCAUCCGCGCCGCCGCGGAGAUCUGCAGGGAGUCCAUCCCGGGCCUGCAGAUCGACCACGUCGACAUCUCGGAGCUGCCGCUGCUCAACACCGACCUCGAGGCCGGCGGCGGGUUCCCGCCGGCCGUCGAGGCGUUCCGCGACAAGGUCAGCUCGGCUGACUGCUUCCUCUUCGCCUCGCCCGAGUACAACUACUCCAUUUCAGGCCCUCUGAAGAACGCGCUGGACUGGGGAUCACGGCCGCCCAACUGCUGGGCCGACAGAGCCGCAGCGAUGCUGAGCGCGUCGGGCAGCACCGGCGGCAGCCGGUCGCAGUACCACAUCCGGCAGGUCGGGGUGUUUCUCGACAUCCACUUCAUCAACAAGCCGGAGGUCUUCACCAAGGCACACCUGCCCCCGAAAAAGUUCGACGUGGACGGCAACCUGAUCGAUUCAGAGACCAAGGAGCAGGUCAGGAACAUGCUCCUGUCGCUGCAAGAAUUCUCCCUCAGGCUCCAGGGCAAGUCCGAACAGGGGAACUGAUGCCUCCAUUUGUUUGUUGAGACGAAAUGGCAGUGCUCUGCUCAUUAGAUUGUCUGAGCAGAUCAUCACAAACUCCACCUUGAUGCUCCAUGACAUCUGGAAUAAUUCUUCAUCUGGGACUGAACAUUUCGGUGGCACAUUAAUGCAAAUCUAUUUUUACUUUCUUGCC